ACCUUUACUACGAGUCAGCGGGAUGGACCCUUGUGUUGAACCUACAUCGUCUCUGGUAGAUACCGGAGAAUAAAGUUAAUCCCUCGACAGAAAGCUUCUCACUCCGGGUGAAAACGAUUCUGAAACGGACGUUUAAGUUUUCCCGAGAGCGAAUUGGGACGCAACCGGAAGUCGUUCAGCUGAAGCAGAAACAAGUGGCGGGAACAAGUAAACAGCAGCUUAACCGGGAUGAAACCUGUCGAGCCUCAGAGGACCCCGAUAGCUGCAGCAGGCCAGGCAUGAGCGGAGCACACCUGGACGAGUGGCAGCGGAGGUCCUUUGACAUUUCCUCUGGCAGCCGUACACCCGAGCAGACGGCCGAGGCCUACCGGGCCCACGUCCUCUCCAUUCAGUAUGCAUGGGCGAGCGCCCGGCUCUCUCCGGCCGGCGCGGCCCGGCUGCUCGCCACCUACGCGGAGCGCUACGCCUCGGUGCUGGACUCGGACGACCCCCAAACGGGCCUCAACAACUACGCGGAGGGCGCGCUGCACCUGGCCCGCAGCCAGAGGAACCACAGCGACCGCUGGGAGUCGGCGCUCACCGCCCAGAGCGCGGCGGCGCUGCCCGGCGUGCGGGAGAUGCUCCGGGCGGGCGGCGGGGGGGGGGGAGGCGCCCUCGUGGCUCCGGGAGACGCCGACAUAUCUGUGGGGCCGGAGGGCCCGGAGGCCGCGCUGUUCAACCCCACAUGUGCAGCCGGGGUCGGCCACGGCGCCGGUUACCCUGACGUGGCUUUAGAGAGGAGGAGGCCGGGUCAUCCUCCGGCCCGACCGCAGGCCGGGGGCCACCCGUCUGCUUCAGGUGCUCUGCAGCAGCACCCUGGUCCUUCAGGGGCCACGCACAGCCCUCAGUCCUCCUCCGCCUCCAACCCGUCUAAGAGGAAGAACUUUUACAGCUCCGAUGGCGUGGAUGGAGGCAGGGGUCAACACGGAGGUCAAGCCGGCCCUGACCCGCGAGCUGGAAGCGCCUUUAAGACGGCUCACCAGCAGCUCAUCGUGGAUAAACAUAAACAACAGUCCCAGCAGCCCCACAGGGGGCCGGCCCCGGGGAUGGCGGCGACUUUGAAGAAGUCUCUGGGCGCCAACCGGCCCCGCGGGACCUUCUCAAAGUUCGUGUCACCGAUCCCACGCCAGGAGGAGGAGGAGGACGAGGGGCGGAGCUCCGGGCCGGAGCCCCGCCUCCCGGACGAGCGUCUGAAGAACUUUGAGCCGAGGAUCGUGGAGCUGAUCAUGAGCGAGAUCAUGGACCACGGGCCGCAGGUCUCCUGGGACGACAUCGCCGGCCUGGACUUCGCCAAGAGCAUCAUCAAGGAGAUCGUGGUGUGGCCCAUGCUGCGGCCCGACAUCUUCACGGGGCUCCGCGGCCCCCCCAGAGGCAUCCUGCUGUUCGGGCCCCCGGGCACCGGCAAGACGCUGAUCGGCAAAUGCAUCGCGUGCCAGUCGGGCGCCACUUUCUUCAGCAUCAGCGCCUCGUCGCUCACCUCCAAGUGGGUGGGCGAGGGCGAGAAGAUGGUGCGCGCCCUGUUCGCCGUCGCCCGCUGCCACCAGCCCGCCGUCAUCUUCAUCGACGAGAUCGACUCGCUGCUGUCUCAGCGGACGGACGGCGAGCACGACUCGUCGCGCCGCAUCAAGACCGAGUUCCUGGUGCAGCUGGACGGGGCGGCCACGGUGGCCGAGGAGCGCCUCCUGGUGGUGGGCGCCACCAACCGGCCGCAGGAGAUCGACGAGGCGGCGCGGCGGCGCCUGGCCAAGCGGCUGUACGUCCCGCUGCCGGAGGCGGCGGCGCGGCGGCAGAUCGUGGUGCGCCUCGUGGCGCAGGAGAAGAACCGGCUGGAGGAGCGGCAGCUGGACCUCGUGGUGGGCGCCACCGAGGGCUUCUCCGGCGCCGACAUGACGCAGCUGUGCCGGGAGGCGGCGCUCGGGCCGAUCCGCAGCAUCCGGCUCGGCGACAUUGCCACCAUCGCCGCCGAGCAGGUCAGGCCCAUCCUCUACGAGGACUUCCAGGAGGCCCUGAAGGCCGUGAGGCCCACCGUGUCCCCCAAGGACCUGGAGCUGUACGAGGACUGGAACAACACCUUCGGCUGCGGCCGCUGAGGCCGGAGCCACACCUGACGGGUGGAGCCUCUUCUGGGUUCACAGGUUGUAUUUGAGUUCUUCUGGUGUCGCCGCCAUGUUGUGUUCAACUGAGUCUGUUUGAGUUGAUUCUUCUGUUUCCCUAAUAAAUUUAAAUGCUCUCCA